AUGAACUCGACCUACCCCGACCUCCCCUCACGACCUAUCAUCCCCCACAUCGGCACAACCUGCUCAAACCCACGCUGUAUGACCCCCUCAGAGUUCCCAGUACCAUCUCCAUACCCACGCCCAGGAACUUUACUUCAGAUCCGAUGUUUUCAAUGCGGCCUAGCAAUCAAACAUCACUCAGACAAACACCCCGACGACCCCUUAGCAGAAGACCGCUUCAAGUCCAUCGCAAUCACCUACCAAACCCUCUCAGACCCCACCCUUCGCAAGAAAUACAACGAGUUCGGUCCAAAGGAGAGCACUCCGGAGGGUGGCUAUGUCGAUCCCGAAGAAGUCUUUGGCGCCAUUUUUGGUGCCGAUUAUUGGUCAGAUCAGCGUAUGAAGAGCGCAUUGCAGGAGGCUGAAGAGGCUAGUGAUGAACCUAGUGAAAAAUCAAAGGUGCUGGAUGCAAAGGGAAGGGAGGUGAUUAGUCUGGAGGAACGUGCGAGGAGGGAGGAGAAGGAUCGCGUGAAAGUGGAAAAGUAUAGGCAGAAGGCUGCAGAGAAAGCAGCUACCCGUGCGGAAAGGGUAUCCAAACUCGUCGAAAACCUCGAACGCAAACUCGGUAUAUUCACCGAAUCAGCUACAAUUCCAUUAGACGUAACCCCUCCCUCCUCCGACCUAUCCACAAGCUGGCGAACUAUCUGUUCGCCCGAAGCAGCUGACCUCUCACACGAAUCCUACGGCGCCGAAUUGCUCCACUGCAUCGGCUUCGUCUACGUCUCGAAGGCCAAACACCACCUCGCAACGAAGCAGACGUUGUUUGGCGUUGGUGAUUGGUUGCAUAACGUUCAGGGGAAAUAUCAUGUUUUUAGCGAGACUUACGUACACUGUGGAUUCUCUUUCUCUCAAAUCGGUAUUCUACCAAAUCCAAGCAGCCGAAAAGGCAGGGGGAACUUAAGUCCAGAGGAGAAGAAGGGGUUGGAGGAACAGGCGGCAGAGAAGGGAUUACAGACGUUGUUCAAGGGAACGAAACUAGAAGUGGAAUCCAUCCUUCGAGAGACGUGCGACCGCCUCCUCUCUGAUCCUGCUAUUUCACGUGAAAAGGUGCAGUUGAGGGCGGUGGCGCCGCAGAUACUUGGAGAGGCGUAUCUGAAUGUUAAAAAGGACGUGCCGGAGGAUGGGAGUGAUUAUGUGAAGACUGAUACGAAGAGUAGUCAUGCGAGGGAGGGCAGGAGGACGUGA